CCUCGGGCAGUCUGGACAUGGUGGCAAACACCGCAAAGGGGUUUGGCUCGUUACUGGAGCGCCUCAGAGCUAAAAGGGAAAAUAAACAAGCAAAUGCAUCUGUGGCCAAUGACGCACAGAGCCUUGACAGGGGCGUUCCUGAGGACGGUUUCCGCAAAUUUCAGCCCAAGCACAAAAGCCAUCUGCUGAGUCUAUUUGGGAAGGGUGGCACUUCUAAGAGCAUGAGCGCAGUCAUCGAAACGGCGACAACCGAGACACUAGAAGUGGAAGCUGGAGAAGAGAUUGAGCUACUGCUCAUGAAAGCUGCCAAGAAGAAGAUACCUCGCGCGCGGCUACAACCGAAGUUCAGCGUGCCUUUCAACAUCACGUCUGAAUUGGUCAUUGCCUCUACGGGCAAAGAAGAGACUCCCACGCCCGAGAAGAAGUUUGAUAUUGGCGGCAAACGUAGGGCGCUCAAAAAGCAUCUGUUGGCCAUGGCGGCCCAAUCAAGAAACGGGAUGCGGAACGAAGACUAUAUGGGUGACUUCCAGGACGACGAGGAGAUGCCUGAAGCGGGCGAGGAGGAAAGUGAUUUGGACUACGAUGGCGAUGAAGAUGGUGACAGUGAAGAGGAGGUGGUGGAAAACGACGGCGAUGGGAGUGCCACGGAAACUGAGGAAGUUGAUGAAGAUGAGGAGAGCUCAGUGAACGAGGACGUCGGGAUGGCCGCCAAGGCGAAGGAGCCAGCGAGUACUUCGGAAAAGCAGGAGCAGCUGUACGAUGAAGACGGUGGGGUGAUCGAAGAGAUGGACAUGGAUGCGCUCGCGUCCAAAGCACCCGUGUCCAAGGACGCGCCCACGCAGACACAAGGCAUCAACACCGCACAGAGCGUCUCACACAGCAACAGCGGCGAGGAAGACAUGAUGGGAGGGUUUGUCGACGAGAAUGGAUACUUUAUCUCGCAAUCGCAGGGCCCAAAGGAUGCGUUAGGAGGUCAGCAAUCAACCCACAAGAAACCCACACACAUCGCACAGAACAAGUUCAAUCGCUUGCCUUCGGGGCUGUUCUCCCAGUCUCUGUCUAUGGAUAUGAGUGGUUCGUCACAAGGCUAUUCGCAAGGACUGAAGGCGUCGCAAUUGCAAAAGUCGGGCACACAGACACAAACACAGGCGUUAGGGAGUCAACUACACCUCGAUGAGGGUGGGAGCCAGAUGAACCUGAGCAUGGCCUUUGGGCAAUCAGGGCAGUUCGUCUCAGCUGCUACAGCUAAAAGCACCGCAAAGGGUGCCGAAUCCGACAAGGCGCUUGAUAAGAAUGUGGACACCGACACACAGGGCACCAUGCCAACGGUACCUAAGCGUACCAAGAGAGGGGGAAAGACGACGCAACACUACGAGCCAGUACUAUCUCAGUCACAGGCGCCGUUGGGAGAAGAGUUUGUGUUGGGCAGUGAUAGCCAAUUUGGCUUGAGUAUGGCUUUCGGUCAGUCGGGUGAGGUUCGAAAGGACAGUGGGAGUGUGGGCGAUACGCAGGAUGGUAACCAUAGCAACGCCGAUAAGCUCCCUGAGGAGCUCAUGCUGAACACACAGAACGAGCUGAAUCUCAGCAUGGCCUUUGGAACCACCCAGAACAACGACACCAGUGAAACUCCGAAGUUAUUCGACUCCGUGACCAAGGAGAAUCCCUUCAACUUCAAUGGCCAGAAGAAUCUGAGUCAGAAGGAGAGUGGCGAUACGAUCACGUACGAUGAAGAGGAGGAAGACGAUAUGUUGGAACGUGCGGCGAAAGGAGAGCGCAUGACAUUCUCGCACGCACUCGACACGGCGAGCAAGGAGGAGGCGAGCAAGUACUUCAGCGACAAGAGUGACGACGACGAGAUUCAGGAUGACGACGACAAUGGCAAACCGAUGAUGAUCAGGAAAGUCAUCCAGGGAGUGAAGGAUCAACAAAAAAUCAAAGAACGCGAGGAAAAGCGAAAGAAGCGACACGACAAACUAAUGGACGACGAAGUAGGUGUCUCUGAUGAGGACGACUUCUCAUCUGACGAGGAAGAGAACGACGACGGCCCAGACGAUCUCAAGGAUAUGAUGAACGACGAGGAUGUGGAGGCGGGGGAUGUGGCGGCCCUCAAAAGGAAAAUACAAGAGGACUUAAUCGCAGACAACGACAAGGCCAUAGACGAGAUCAAGCAGAAUGUCAUAGGAGGUUAUAAAAGGAAGGCUGGGAAUGAUUUCGAGGAUGAGUCCGAGGCCAUGCUAGCAGCCGCCAGGCGGAGAGCCAAUGCCAGAGGAUAUAUGGACUACGACGAGAACUCGAUGGACAUGUUCGACACAGCUCAUCUGCGCAGAUCGCAGAUAGAGGAGGAUGACAUUGAGCUCAUAGACAAGAGUGCGGACUUCGCUAAAGCGCGUGUGGAUAAGCUGGCAUACAUGCAUUCUGUCGAGUCUCAGAAUAGCUCGUUUAGCUUCCACGGCUGUGAGAGCAUGAAGAGCUUAGAGACGCGCAGGAUACUUCAAUGCAUCAAGAAAGCCAAAUCCUGCCAGGGCGCCCCACUGAGGUCGAGACUGAGCGCAGAGGACUCGAACUCGCAAUUCGGCAUAGCAAAGCUACACUCGAAGGGGUCCUUCCUUAAGAAGCCCACCAACCAAGAUAGCAACUCCAAUUGGGGCAACAACAACAGCAAGACAAACGGAAACAAGAAGGUCGCCGCGUCUAAGUCAAGGAAGGCGAGGUUUGUCUUCGCCAACUCCGUCAGUGCCACGGUGCCAGCCGAGGCAAGUUCAGCACCAACUGCCGAAUCACUGAUGCCAACGAAAGGUAGCGCGGCUAUACGGAAGCUACACGAACUGACCAAGAAGAAACCGGGCAAACCCGCACCUCUCAAGAAGGCUGGCUCUCGGGGUGGCAGUUUAUUCAAUAUAAUCUCUAACAGUAGCUUCAAGUCCCGGUAGCAUAAGUACCCCCACAGUAGCCUAUAAGAUAAGAGACGGGUGUGCGCAAGGCGUUUUUCUGCGAAUACUGGAUUGUUAAACGUGUACCAGAAACUAUAAAUACAUCAAUGGACGUGAGCAGCUGAGGUGGUGCCCGUAUAAUAAAUGACUAUAAGUGUCGCCUGGAAGUGUAUGUACGGCUGUAUCCGACAUUCUAUGCGGCCUGAUAGAGCUGGAUAUACUUUCUGUGCCUGGCAUCAACUGUCUUACUAAGUCCCAGCUCCUUAGUAGACGCUCGCGUAUGAGCUAUCUACUAUGCCACAGUAUAGCAUACGUCUGAUAGCCUGGAAUGCGCAGGACUAGCGAAACACCAUAAUACAGUCUCAGGUCGACCAGCACUGUAGUUUCACAAGGAGUGUUCGGGGUAUUUGUGCCUAAGCACAGACUGAGCGCCGUAUCGUGUGCAUACGGACAAAGGAUUAUAUGCGGGAAUAUUCAUUUCGCAUGCGGUCUGCGAUUGACUGUAUUGCAGUUCACACCAACACUUGAGCACGAUGCCUGGUGAUUGACUGCUCAUGACGGAACAAAACACACUUAGCAAAUAUAUGAUGGUUUGUACAAUAGCGCCUAUAUAGAGGGGAAUACACGUAAACCCCAUAGAGGCCGUUUAGAAGAGUCGAACGCUGACAUGCUAAUACUAAAGCGAAGCUUACUAAGAUUUCAACCUCAUACCAAAAAGUGGCUACACUGUCUACAAUGGCUGUGUUGGUUAGAGCCUGACACUGAGAGUUUCAUACACGGCAACUUUAUUCUCAUGGUAAAUCACCAGCUCGACACUGUGCGAUUUAUAUUUGAGCUUCCUAUAGUUAAAUUUGAAUAAAGUUGUUUUUCAGGAAGAAGUACACCUUUACGUUCGAAGUAAACCAUAUGUCUGUGCCUUCGAUGUCUAAGCACCAGCUGUGUGCCGCAUCCUGUUCAUACAGACUAAACGUCAAAAAUCUGUAGUCUGCGAUCGCUUGUACAUAUAUCAUUCCACCCCUAUCGCAAGCAGGUUGCUUGCCGAGCGAACUGAUAGCUUCAUCCUUAUCCUAAAUAUUUACCUUGCGUAUUGUCGUAUUUAUCAAUAUAUACGUUUUUCGUUGGAACGUAUCUAUGUGUAC